AUGCUGCCAUUCCACCACGCCACUCGUCUGCUUCUCCCACCGUCGUUGGUUCGCAUCUCUGCGAGGGGUAGCUUCUGGACCACCUGGCCCGCGCCGGCAGUCCCAUCCACAUACUUGGGGGUCACCUUGACCGCGAAGUGGGUUGCAUUGCCGCCGAUGCUCGAUGCGACUUUGUCAUAA